UCUGGGGAAACAGAAACAAACAAACAAAAGAUUGAAUUUAAUUAUUAAUUUAAAGGAAACACAGACCAAAAGUCGACACUUUUACUGAAAUUAGAAAAGUUUCCACAUAACAUUGCUGGCUGGAUGUUUGCUGUGGUUAUAGAUUCUCUGUGCGAUAAUUUUCGAGAAAACAACCACAAUGGGUGGUCACUGUUGUACGCCGUUCCCACACUCUAACGAUGUAAAUGGCGACAAAUAGGAGUCUUUAAAAAAAAAAUUCUAAUUGAAAAUAUUACGCCAGCAGAAUUUAGAAGACACACAAUUUAUGGCUUACAUUGAAUCACACAAUGCAAUCGAUUCAAAUAAAAAAUUUAUCUACAAAUUCAAUGGAUUCGAGUCACGAAGUAAAAGGCGAACAUCCAUCAGUGGUGAUUAUUGGCGCUGGUAUGGCAGGAAUAUCGGCCGCUGAAACAUUACUCAAAAAUGGAAUUGCAAAUAUCAAAAUUCUUGAAGCUAGUGAGAGAUAUGGCGGACGUGUUUAUACAAAAAUGUGGAACAACGGUCGUUGUGAGCUGGGAGCCAAAUGCGUUGAUUUUCCAGUCGACGAAAGAGUUUUCCAGACCUAUGGAGACAUGAGGAUAUGUAGUGAUAAGUCACCGGAUUUGAAGUUUUUUAAAAGUGAUGGCACUUUGAUUGAUGUUAAGAUCAGUGCAUGUGUAAGGGAAGAGUUUUCUAAUUUAAAAGAUUCCUUCGGACAUAUGAAAUCUAUAAUCGAUCCGUCAACGGAUAAUUUAACGAGCAUAAUCAGAAAUGUACAGAAGAAAUGCACGCAUUCUAAAACAGACGAUGUGCUGUGUGUAAUCUACGCAGUUUUGAAUUCACUUCGCUCUCGGUUUGGAACUGACCUGCAAAAUGUUAACUUAGAUCUUAGCAAGAAUAAGAUUCUGAAGAACAACAAAAUCGACCUUCCGUCUGGUUGUUCCAGCUUUUUCGACACCGCUAUUACACCGGAAAUCAAAGACCUAAUUCUUUUGGGUUCCCCUGUCGGAUCGAUAAAACGGAUGUACCAAUGUCCACAACGGUUCAUCCGAACUGAAAUUUUGAAUGGAAGGUCUAUCGAUUCAGAUUACGUUAUUUGUACAAUACCACUGCCAACAUUAAUGGCAUUGGGAAAUGAUAUGUUCAGUCCACCGUUGUCGCAGAUCAAAUUUUAUUCGAUGAAAAAGAUUGGCAUUGGAAAUGUUGAGAGAAUUUUUUUAUUGUUCCGUGAACCAAUCGCUGCUUGGUUCGACGGUCCAUUGAAUUUUGCUUGGCAUCCGAAUGAGUUGGAAAAUAGAAAUCAUUGGUCGACUGGAAUUUGUACAGUAACAGAACUUGUUAAUGGGAGUAAUAUUUUGGAAAUUACGGUAGCCGGAUUCCAGGCCGAAGAUGUAUGUCUAUCUUCAGAUGAAAAAGCUGUGUCCGAUAUCCACUCAAUUCUACGAAAAUUUUUAGGAAACGCUAAAAUUCCUUAUCCAAUUGACAUUCUACGUUCGCAAUGGUCCAAAGAUAUACGUACGUUAGGCAGCAUUGUCUAUCCUAAAGGCAGCGCUACCAUUGACGAUUUGGUAACACAAGAACAAACGGGUGAUUACGGAUGCCCCGAUUAUCCACGACUGUUAUUUGCUGGAGAUUCAACGAUAAGUGAACAUUUUGGUACGAUUCAUGGGGCUAGGUUAAGUGGUAUUCGAGAAGCAAAUCGUAUAGUGGAGAACGUCCAUACCGGCACUUUUAGACGAAAUUAUACCUUCCGAUAAGUCAAUAAAUUGUUUUGCCAAAUAUUUGUUUCUGUAAUUAAAGACAGGUGAACAGAUGCGCU